ACCCACCCCACCACUGUGCUGCUGCUGCUGAUGGGUGGGGGUGGGUCGCGGCCGCUUCACAUAAAGUAUCGCUGCGCGGACCGGGCCGCCCUUCUUUUCCGUUUUGCCGCGAAGCUGCGAGGGAAAAUGUCCGACACGUCUGCCGAGUACAGAUCCCGUGACAAUGGCCCGGAGGGUAUGGAACCCGAUGGCAUCAUUGAGAGCAACUGGAAUGAGAUCGUGGACAACUUUGAUGACAUGAGCCUCAAGGAGACUCUGCUGCGUGGAAUCUACGCCUACGGCUUUGAGAAACCGUCUGCCAUCCAGCAGCGCGCCAUCCUGCCCUGCAUAAAGGGCUAUGACGUGAUUGCCCAGGCUCAGUCUGGCACAGGGAAGACCGCCACCUUCGCGAUCUCCAUCCUGCAGCAGCUGGACGUGAGCACCAAGGAGACGCAGGCCCUCGUGCUGGCACCCACCCGCGAGCUGGCGCAGCAGAUCCAGAAGGUGGUGCUGGCGCUGGGCGACUACAUGGGCGCCGCCUGCCACGCCUGCAUCGGGGGCACCAACGUGCGCAACGAGAUGCAGAAGCUGCAGGCGGAGGCGCCGCACAUCGUGGUGGGCACGCCGGGCCGCGUCUUCGACAUGCUGAACCGCCGCUACCUCUCGCCGCGCGCCAUCCGCAUGUUCGUGCUGGACGAGGCCGACGAGAUGUUGAGCCGCGGCUUCAAGGACCAGAUCUACGAGAUCUUCCAGAAGCUCAACUCCAACAUCCAGGUGGUGCUGCUGUCGGCCACCAUGCCGGCCGAGGUGCUGGAGGUGACCAAGAAGUUCAUGCGCGAGCCGGUGCGCAUCCUCGUCAAGAAGGAGGAGCUCACCCUGGAGGGCAUCAAGCAGUUCUACAUCAUGGUGGAGCGCGAGGAGUGGAAGCUGGACACACUGUGCGAUCUCUACGAGACGCUCACCAUCACCCAGGCGGUGAUCUUCUUGAACACCCGGCGGAAGGUGGACUGGCUCACGGAGAAGAUGCACGCGCGUGACUUCACCGUGUCCGCCAUGCACGGUGACAUGGAUCAGAAGGAGCGGGACCUGAUCAUGCGCGAGUUUCGCUCGGGCUCCAGUCGCGUGCUCAUCACCACGGACCUGCUGGCCCGUGGUAUUGACGUGCAGCAAGUCUCCUUGGUCAUCAACUACGACCUGCCCACCAACCGAGAGAACUACAUCCACAGGAUUGGACGAGGGGGUCGUUUCGGCCGCAAGGGCGUCGCCAUAAACUUUGUGACGGAGGAGGACAAGCGAAUCCUCCGCGACAUCGAGACGUUCUACAACACGCAGGUGGAGGAGAUGCCCAUGAACGUGGCCGACCUCAUCUAGGGAUGAGGAGAGCG